UUUCAACUUGUAUUAAUAUAUCUAUAUCAGAUGUAGAUCUUAAUUCUGAUUGUAUAAUUUAUAAUUAUUGCUUGCAGCCUCAUCUUUCUAACAAAAGUAUUAAAACUAUGUAUUCUUGAGAUUAAAUGUUUGAACUAAAAGAAUUAGCAUUGACUGACUUUGUUUCCAACCAUUCCUUCAAUUUCUAGCUAUCCUUAUGAUUGUUAAUUCCAUGGCCACCAAUAUUAGUGAUCUUGAAAUAACUGCCCCUUUUUCUUCAUCAUCUCCACCAAGCAGCUGGGAUGUGUUCUUGAGCUUUUGUGGCCAGGAUACUCGUGCAAACUUCAUUUCACAUCUUUACAAAGCUUUGUUUGAAGCUGAAUUUUUAACUUUCAGAGAUGAUCCUGCACUUGAAAAGGGUGAAGAAAUUUCACCUGGGCUACUCGGUGCAAUUAGAGACUCAAACAUGUUUGUGGUUGUUAUAUCAGAGAACUAUGCUCGUUCAAGUUGGUGCCUUAAAGAGCUCGUCCAAAUUCUUACUUGCAAGACUAGAGAUUAUCAGGUCGUCCCUGUUUUUUACUAUGUUGAACCAUCACAUUUGCGGCACCAGGAAGGCUGUGUUGGAGAAGCUCUUAAAGAUCAUAAAGACCGUUACUCUGAUGAUAUGAUUGACAAGUGGAGAUCUGCUCUUGCUCAAAUCGCGGAGCUAUCCGGAUACCAUCUUAAGAAACAUGCAAAUGAGAAUGAAUCCGAGACUAUUCAACAAAUUGUAGAGAACGUGACACGACAAGUAUCCAAAAGGGCAUUGCACCUUGAAAACGAUCUACUUGGGAUAGAUUCUGCCAUUGAAGAGAUUUAUCAGAAACUAAAGAUGGAAUUAAAUCAUGUUCGUGCUCUUGGGAUCUGUGGGAUGGGCGGAAUUGGGAAAACAACAAUUGCCAAAGCAUUCUACAACAAAUAUUACAACAUGUUUGAUAUUAGCUGCUUUAUUGAUAAAGUUAAACAAUAUUCACAAGCAGGUAGUCCUCUACUUCCCUUGCUUAACCAAGUACUGAUUGGACUUCUCAGACGAAAGAAUUAUAAAGUCACUGAUAUUGAAAGUGGUUUUGGACAGCUGAAACAAAUUCUUUGUUAUAAGAAAGCUCUCAUUGUUUUGGAUGAUUUGGAUCAGUUAAGCUAUUCAGAAUUUCUAGUACCACUUUGCAACUUCUUUUCGGCUGGAAGUAGAAUUAUUGUAACGACAAGAGAUGCAAAUUUGGUAAAUCAAAUAAGAAUUGAUAUACCAGAAGUAGAUACAUACAUGGUGAAGACAUUGGGAAAAGAUGAUUCAUUGGAGCUCUUUAGUUAUCAUGCCUUCAGAACACCAAGGCCACCGGUACAUUUAAAAGUGCUCUCGGAAAGCUUUGUAACUUAUGCUGGAGGUCUUCCAUUAGCUCUUAAAGUGUUGGGUUCAUCUUUACGCGGUAGAAAUCAAGAUGAGUCAUUCUGGAAAGCUAAACUUGAGAAAGUUAAAGAAAUUCCAGAGGAAGGGAUACUGGAAAUCCUUCAAUUGAGCUACGAUGAAUUAGGAAGUGAUACGGAGAAGGCAAUGUUUCUUGAUAUUGCAUUCUUCUUUGUUGGAAAAUUCGAAUAUGAAGCUGUUGAGAUAUUUAAAUCUUGUCAUUUUCAUCCAGAAGUUGGAAUACCAAUUCUAGUGGAAAGAAGUCUGCUAACAGUUGAUGAAGAUAAUCAGUUUCAAAUGCAUGAUCUUAUACAAGAGAUGGGAAGGAGAUUAGCCAAGAACACUCACUUAUUCUUGCAAGGAAAUGCAUGGGAAGGUUUGCAAAAUCAAAAGGAAACAAAUAUAAUUGAAGGCCUCAUUUUAGAUUUGACCGAAUCAAAGAAUCAAAUCAGUUCUCAAAUCUUUAACAAGCUGCCUAAAUUGAGAUUACUUGAGAUACUUGGUGCUCCUCGCAUUAAGGAAGAUUUCAAGAAUUCAUUUGGUGAAUUAAGGUGCUUUUAUUGGAGAUACUGUACAUGGACUUGUUUACCUCCUAGUUUUCAACCCGAAAAUCUUGUCGUUCUUAAUAUGCCAUUUAGCAAUUUCAAGAUAUUGUGGAGUGGUUCCAUGCCUUUCAAGAGUCUGAAGAUUAUAGAUGUGGAUUACUCUGUGAAGUUGGAAACGACUCCCGACUUUGGAAAUUCAAAAUUGGUUAAGAGGUUAUUCUUUCGUGGUUGUGAAAGCCUGCUAAAACUUCACCCAUCAAUCAGAGAGUUGAUUCAUUUGUAUAAUUUAGAUUUGAGGGAAUGCACCAAUUUGAAAGAAUUGGCUGAACCAGUUGGGCAAUUGACUAUAUUGGGCUAUCUGUAUUGGUAUGUGAAAGGAUCUCCGGAGCCUAUGAGGCAGUGGGUUAAUGUGGGCUAUUUGCGGUUGGGUCAUUGUAGCAAUGUAAGACGAUUGCCAGAACAAUUGGGUGACAUGAAAAGUUUAACGUAUCUUGAUGCAAGUCACACAUCAAUCACAGAACUCCCAGAUUCUAUUACUCAAGUCAAGAGCUUGGUUGAGUUGAACUUAUCCAGUUGCAAGAAGUUUAGAAAGUUACCUCAAGAAUUUGGGAGUAUGGAAGGCUUGGAGAUAUUUAGUGCAUGUGAUACUGCAAUCGAACAAUUGCCAGAUUCGUUUGGAGGCCUCAUUAAUUUGCUCCAAUUGAUAUUGAGUUCCUGCCAGAAGCUUAAAAAUCUACCGGAUGACAUAUGGAAGCUCAAGUUGCUUGCAGGACUAUAUCUUGAUGAGUGUUCAAAUUUGGAGCGAUUGCCUGAGCAAUUGGAGAAAAUGCAAUGUUUAGAAUCACUUGAUGCAUCUCAUACAGCAAUUGAGAAACUACCUGAUUCUAUUGGACAACUGAGCAAGUUAAAGUACUUGGGUUUGAGUAAUUGUGAGAAUCUUAAAUAUAUACCGAAUAGCAUAUGGAAGCUUACAUCACUUACACACUUAUAUCUUUUGAAAGCAUCCAUCAGUAUAACUACUUUACCCAAUACAAUGAAGGAUACAAAAUUGGUUUCCUUGGGUCUGACUUGUGAUAUAAGAUUAUGGUUGCCUAUGAUUUCAAGUUUCUCUUUGUUGUAGGAGUUAUAUCUUCGUGAUGAAGGUGAAAGUUUAUCUUCAAUGGAGCCAUUUAGUCUCUCUAAGCUUCACAACUUACGGUUACUCGAACUGAAUAGAUGUACAAGUUUUGGGUCAUCAUUUCCUGAACUUCCUCCGAGUCUAACACACUUAAGCCUAUAUAACAAUGCAACAUUGAUAAAUCUACCUGAUUUAUCCGGCUUGAAACAGUUGAAGAAGUUGGAUAUAGUAAAUUACAGCAGCCUUGAAUCACUUCCUCCACUUCCUCCUCAUCUUCAUUCAUUUAUCGUUUAUCAUUGCCCAAGUCUACAUGAUCUACCAGAUUUGUCAAUAUUGAAAGAUUUGACAUUUUUGAGUUUUGGCAAGUGGGAGCAUAGUUACCAUCAGAUUGCAGAAUGGUCCAGCUACAAAAACAGUGGGCGUACACUCCAAUUUAAUAUCCCACCACUCACGGGAGAUGACUUCUUAGGUCUUGCGCUCUGGAUUCUUUUUACAUCCAAAAACAGUGACAAUUUUAGCAUCAGAGCUGUUGUUACUAAUAAAACAAAUGGUAUAACAAUGUACUAUGAGAUCCCUGUAUAUUGUAAUAGAGUUGGUGAUGUAUAUAAUCUGGUAAGAUGCAUUAAUGGAGAUGAAAUGUUGAUGAGAAGUGGAGACAGCAUUCACAUUUCUUUUGAAAGGCAGUUAUAUAGGUUUUCUGACGGAGAUGUAGAAUUUCCUUACGAAGAAGUGAAGAUGAAGAAGUGUGGAGCUCAUGUGAUACAAAGAUCACCGAUCACCCCCAACUUCCCGUGUUUUUUCAAUAACUUGGUAACUGGUGUUUAGAUGUUUGUACGUAUAAAUGUGUUUCAUUCAUCAUAUUUAUAUUUCCCUUUUCUUUUAAUCAAUAAAAAAACUCUUAUUUGUA